UUGUACUUAAUUUAUUUAAAUCACCCUCGGUUACUUAAAAUGAUUGGUGGAUUGUUUGUCUAUAAUCACAAAGGAGAAGUCCUUAUUUCUCGUAUUUAUCGAGAUGAUGUUAAUCGAAACGCUGUUGAUGCUUUUAGAGUUUCUGUUAUUCAUGCUAGACAACAGAUUCGUAGCCCAGUCACAAAUUUGGCGCGCACUUCCUUUUUCCAUAUUAAACGAGGAAAUGUUUGGGUCUGUGCUGUUACUCGACACAAUAUUUGUGCUUCGAUGGUUUUUGAAUUUAUGAAUAGGUUUGCUGAUACAAUGCAGUCAUAUUUUGGAAAAUUGAAUGAGGAAAAUGUUAAGAACAAUUUUGUGUUGAUUUAUGAAUUGCUGGACGAAAUACUUGACUUUGGCUACCCCCAAAAUACAGACCCUGGUGUUCUCAAAACAUUCAUUACACAACAAGGAGUGCGAACAGCGACUAAAGAAGAACAAGCUCAAAUAACGUCUCAAGUUACUGGACAAAUUGGGUGGCGACGUGAAGGCAUUAAAUAUCGAAGAAAUGAAUUAUUUUUGGAUGUUAUUGAAUAUGUAAAUUUGUUGAUGAGUCAACAAGGUCAAGUCCUUUCUGCACAUGUUGCCGGCAAAGUAGCAAUGAAAUCUUAUUUGAGUGGUAUGCCCGAAUGUAAAUUUGGAAUUAAUGACAAGUUGACAAUUGAAGGGAAGGGACGAGCUGGAAGUGAAGAACCUAAUAAAUCAAAUCGUUCUUCUGUUGCAAUAGAUGAUUGUCAAUUCCACCAGUGUGUUAAACUGACCAAAUUUGAUACAGAACAUGCAAUAAGUUUUAUUCCGCCAGAUGGUGAAUAUGAAUUGAUGAGAUAUCGAACUACAAAAGACAUUCAAUUACCUUUUCGAGUUAUUCCUCUUGUAAGAGAAGUUUCUCGAAAUAAAAUGGAAGUGAAGGUAGUCAUUAAAUCCAACUUUAAACCUUCUUUACUUGCCCAAAAAAUUGAAGUUCGUAUCCCAACGCCGCCAAAUACUAGUGGAGUUCAACUUAUUUGUAUGAAAGGAAAGGCUAAAUACAAAGCUGGAGAGAAUUGUAUUUGCUGGAAGAUAAAACGAAUGGGAGGAAUGAAAGAAUCACAAAUUUCUGCUGAAAUUGAUUUACUUAAUACUGGGACAGCCGAAAAGAAAAAGUGGAAUCGACCUCCUGUUUCUAUGAAUUUUGAGGUUCCAUUUGCUCCGUCUGGUUUGAAAGUUCGUUAUUUGAAAGUGUUUGAACCAAAAUUGGGUUAUUCCGACCAUGAAGUUGUUAAAUGGGUUCGUUAUAUUGGAAGAUCUGGACUUUAUGAGACACGUUGUUGA